ACACUUGAAAAUUGGUGUUCUUGGUGUUCACUUGGUGUUUUGUUUGUUUGUUUCGAAAUGGAGUAACAAUUUUGUAAAUAACACUGUUAAAAGAUUAAUGAUUUAUCGAUAUUUAAAUUCUUGAUGGAACUAAUAGUAAAGUAAAUCGAAAUAAUUUUCUACAAAAUGCUAUCAUCGGUUUGACUGCCUAGUGAUGACGGAAUACAAACUAGUUGUCGUAGGAGCAGGAGGAGUAGGUAAGAGUGCUCUGACCAUUCAGCUUAUACAGAAUCAUUUUGUCGAUGAAUACGAUCCAACGAUCGAAGAUAGCUAUAGAAAACAGGUCGUCAUCGAUGGCGAAACCUGCCUGUUGGAUAUUUUAGACACCGCUGGUCAAGAAGAAUACUCGGCCAUGCGUGACCAAUACAUGAGAACCGGAGAAGGUUUCCUCCUAGUAUUCGCAGUCAACAAUGCGAAAUCUUUCGAGGAUAUAUCGACCUACCGCGAACAAAUCAAGCGGGUCAAAGAUGCCGAAGAAGUGCCAAUGGUGCUGGUUGGGAAUAAGUGCGACCUGCAACAAUGGACUGUUCAAAUGAGCGAUGCCAGAGAGUUGGCUAGACAGUAUGGCAUUCCGUGUGUAGAAACAUCUGCGAAAACGCGGAUGGGUGUAGACGACGCAUUUUACACAUUAGUGCGGGAAAUUCGUAAAGAUAAGGAGAAAAACGUUAAACAAAAACGUAGACAGCAUCGUAAAUUACUACGAUGUGUUUUAUUAUAGGACUGAAUGUCCUCCAAGUCGAAGGCACAUAUCAUACAUACCAUUUUCUCUCUCUCUCUCCUUCUCUCUAUCACUUCGUUUCCAUCAUUUUUCGUUAAUCGUCGUAUCCACCGUCGAAAUCAUUCAAUAUACUAGCGCAACCAUUCAAGUAGACGAAAAUCGAAAAUCCCUGCAAGCUGAACAAAUGGAUACGGAGAUCGGGUGACGAAGUUCAUCUCAGAGUUUAAUCGUGAGCUGAAAAUACAAGUGUAUAUAAAUUAAAUUCCAUUUUUAAUCAUUAUUAACUAAUUGUUUUCGUUCAGUUAUUCAAAAAAAAAAUUAUAAUUCAAGGUAAAAUAUUGUCUACUUCAUAAUUUUAAGUUUAAAAUUGUAAAGAAAUGCUAAAGAUCAAAGUUUCUAAUCUUUUCAAUACGUCAUUUCGCCGCUGAAUGUUAUUGUAAUUAUUUUGCAUUUUAAUUGUAAUCGUUGGAAAUUUUUCGAACCUUUAAAAAAGCUCGUCUUCCGAUUACUUUUAUUUAAUUAAUCGAUGUAUUAUUGUUUCCUCAGUGUUAUAAAACUUCCAUGGUAAAACUUUGUUAUUUAUUUCUCUUUUUUUUCUCUUCUGUUUUGUCAAACUUUUUAUCUACUUUUUUUCUAUUUUUUAUUUCUCUCUAUUUUUUUUCUUUCGUAUUACUAUUUAAUUAUUGUUUGCAACCAAGCGCACAAACAUCAGAGAGGAGAUGACAUACCAGUAAUUUAUUUAAGUUUAUACCAACGAAAUUUGUUUCCAAUCUGAUUAGUGCAGAGCUUCAUGUUUCGAGUUGGCCUUCGAUUAUUGUAAAUCGUAACGCAUUCGAGUCAUUUUAAAAUUUAUUUUUUUCGUUAUGCAACAUUUUUUCUCUUUCAUGAUGCGGUAAUUAAUUGCUAAAGCAUUAUACGAUGUAUAUUUUAAAAGCAUUUUCAGUUUAAAAUUUUUAUAUUUUCUUUACGAAUCUUCUUUAUUACUUAUGUAAAUUUUAUCAUAUUUUAUAAAUAUAUUUAUACAUACAUAUUUUUUUUUCACUCUCAUGUACUUCUUUUUUUUUCUGUUGUAUUUUUCAUUAAUGCUUGUUACACGAUUUGAAAAAUAUUAUUGUUGUGAAAAUUAAUAAUAUAGUGUAUUUCUUCGCUUGAUAGAUCAACGAUAUAGAUUUUAUAUAAUUGUUUUAUUAUUGUUGUCCUUUUUUUUCUUUUCUUUUUAUUUAUUUAUUUUUUUUUAAAUAUUAGAAUGUUAUCUAAUAUGUUAGUGUCAGCCAAGCCAACGGUAUUCUACGUCCGAAAUGAUUAAAAAAUAUAUUUGUUCAACAGUAAAAUGUAAUACGUAUAUUCAUACAUACAAAAAUACAUUUUCCAAUCAAAA